UUUGUGGGAGGAGCAUUGGAGAGUGUCUCAAACGUUGCCCUGAAGUUACGGUAACCGAGUUGAUAUUGUCACGUUGACCAUUAUCGCUUUAUGUUCUCUUACCUGGAUUUUCCCCGAAUGUUUAGAAGGGGACAUUGUUAAAGAUUGAAGACAGAAAAGCCGCAGCACCACUCAGUAGGAAGGCAAUUGGACAGUUUGCGCUCAGAAAAGUCCGAUGAAUGGCUGAAGAUUCCCCUAUGAUUGAGGUAUCGAUUCCGUCGCUGGAGCGAGAGGUAGACGAGUCGGGGAAAUUGAGAAAGCUCUUCAGAGUUGAGAUAUUGUUCAAUGGAAGGAAGCACUUUGUGCUCAGAAGACACAGUGAAUUCCAGACCCUGCACAGAAAGCUGAAGAAGAUUGUGCAUCCCCCAGACUUCCCAAGCAAGAGGAGCACCCAUCUGAGAACCAAGCCUCUUGAGCAGAGGAGGCAGCAGCUGGAGGACUACAUUCAGGAUAUAAUUUACCAGUAUGAAGAAGUCCCUCAGGUGCUGCUGGACUUCCUGCAUGUGAAACAUUUCCACUCUGGGAACAAAAUAAGCAGCCUUGAGUAUGUACCUGCCUGCCUGCCUCUGUCCCCUCACUUCAACCAGCUACUCACAUCAGAUCAUUUGAUGAUAGUGACCCUCAGGGAUAUGGCUGUCAGCUGCAGCAUCAGCGUGUGGUGGGAUUCUGUCGUGACCCCUAUCUCCUGGAGUCCCCCUCAGAUCUGCCGGACAUCGUCACGGAUGGGGUCCUGCAGGGCUUGUACCCCCGAGACAUCCGUGUCAGCUUCACAGCCUGCACAAAACCCAGCCUCCCAGAGAGACCCAGUCUGGCUCCAGCGAUUCCCUCUAUAUAGUGGCAACCCAUGCAGAAGUCCUGACACGAGGAUCUGUGGAUUUUAAAAUGGCCUUGAUAGUAAUUUGGAUGAAUGUCGUGUCUGAAUCGGCAACCAAUGGAGGCCCAUUUGCUUGUAUACUACCACACAAUAGAAAAUGUUUACGUUACUCUGGGUGCUUGACUAAAGUCACACAGGCCAAUUGAAGAGGUUCUAGAAAGCAAUGUCAUAAGUUGGUGGUUCCUGUUUAUGAACAAAAGUCAUUGUAUGCAGUUGAUGAGUCCCCCAUUAACUGCCUUAGGUCACUUAAUGACCUAUCGGUCACCUGCCAGCUCAAUGUCCACAUGCAACAAUUUGAUUCCUUAUUAAUAGGGUGGCAGGUAGCCUAGUGGUUAGCAUGUCGGGCCAGUAAGUGAACGGUUGCUGGUUCGAAUCCCUGAGCUGACUGAAAUGCUGUGCCCUUGAGCAAGUGCUGCACCUAUCCAGUGAGACAAACCAUUGGUUUAUGCAUGAAAGCAAUAGUCUGCCUGGAAUGAGUUUCACAAUCACUGGCAUUUCAUAUGUAAAUGUUUUUACAUGUUAAGCUUUAUAUUAAAAUGUAAUACAUGACCCAUGUUCAUAUAAAAAUGUUCAUUCUUCUA